GGUUAACUUGGAAACAGUUUUGGCGGCAGUUUGUUGGUCUGCAGGGUGCGAAGUGUGAAAAGGAAGAAGUUAUUCGUACAUAUUGUAAUUUGUUUCGGAGCAGUUUACACUUUGAAAGGCAAUAGAACAUGCCUGGCGUUGGUGCUGGGUGUUCAAGAAGUGAGCAAGAUUGUGAAGAUGAUGAAUUGGAGAUCCUGAAAUCAUUCAUAGAAUGUGCUGAGAUUCCAAGCACCAAAGGAAAUGUCGCCGUUGAUGACAGUAAUAUAUUUGACCCUGUUGAACAUCAAUUGCUGUCUGAUCACAGUCCACUCACAGAAGUGCAUACUAAUGAUCGAUCACUGGUAAAGAAUGACAGUGUCAUUCAUAGUGGUGAUACAGACUCUUCAGAUGAUGAGUGUUCUGAUUAUGGCAGAAUUCUAAAGAAGAUGCUUGUUGACAAACAGAAGCCAUUUAGAGAGGUUGAGGUACCAACCAGCAGUGCUUCAUCCUGGAAGAAGGGACGUACCUCCACUGUCUCAUCUGCACUUCACACAGAAAAAUUACUGCAGUCGUCACUAGAUGUGUGCAGUGAUUCCAUGUUUGGUAUUCGGAUGAUAAACCCUUGUGUGUCUUCUUCAUUGCUGAAGGAGAAGAUGCAGAGCCGUGAGGCAGUCCCAUUAGCAAGGUUGAAGAGCCAUGUAACCAGAGGCAAGAUGUCAACUGACUGGGUUGUUGCUGGAGUUGUAAUACAGAAAUCCUGCAUGAAGACGUCUCAGAAGGGCACACAGUACUAUAUCUGGAAACUGAGUGAUCUUAAAGAGAACCUCAGGACAUUCUCGCUGUUCUUGUUCAGAGCUGCUGCAAAAGAAUUAUGGAAGACAAAUGAAGGAACAGUCAUAGCUGUGCUGAAUCCUGAUAUUUUGGAGAACAGGCCGAACAGUGGCGAUGAAGCAGUUCUGUCUGUCGAUAAUGCUCAGAGAAUUUUAAUCUUGGGCACUUCAAAGGACUUGGGAGUCUGUAAAGCCAUGAAGAAGAAUGGUGAUCGCUGCACAAUGUUUGUGAAUAAGAGCAAAUGUGAAUUCUGUGUGUACCACUUGAAGUUGGAGUACCAUAAGUGUUCAAAGAGAACAGAGCUUAACUCUCCUGGAAGGAGCGGCUUGAUUAAUAUUCGGAACAAGGUGUUAGGGAAAAAUGAGGUGUUUUAUGCAGGGAGGAGUUUCACUGCAAUACCAGCCAAACGUAAUGUUAAACAACAUCAAAAGGAUGAACAGCGACUCAAAUCCUUAUCAUCGAAGAGACCUAGUGUUGUCAGCGCACCUCUGACACAUUUUGGCAUAACAGUGUUGUCUCAUGGUCAGAAACCCCUGACACAUCAGCAGUCCGACGCUGAGAGGUUACUGAAGUUACAGAAAGGAAGUGAAGUGUCCUGUUCAGGACAGGGCAGUUCCACAGAUGACAUGCAACAUAUUUCUGAAACGAAGUCUUUGCCAUUUGUUAUGAAAGCGGCAGAAACUGCAGAGAAAACAAAGUCCAUGUUUUCCACAGCAAAACAGUCCAAGGAAUUUAUCAUUCCGGGAGAUGGAACAAGUUUGAAGCCUGUGAAGUUACAUGCUGGUUCUGGCAGUCACAUUGACUUGAAUAUACCUGCAAAUAAAGCACAGAGGCAACAAGCCAUGAUUAAUGCUAAGAAAUGGAUUCAACUUCAUGGAUGCUUAAAGAAGUCAGAUCCAAAUAGUGUAAGAAAUGACAGAGGUUCUGGAAAAAAGAGGAAACUUGAAGAGACCUCUGGAGAAGGAAUAGUGUCAGCCCCAUCUUCAGUACUUCAAGGUUCAGACAAAUCAGGACUGGUGCAUAACACAAGAGAGUCAGCUCCUAAAUUAUUGCAGGACAUUUUCAACUCUUCCAAGUUCCAGGAACUGAUGAAAGCUACCUCAAAACACACCGAACUUCUUGAGGCUAAUGAGAUGCUGGCCCAGGACCAGUACUUCGAAAAACUAGAGAAGAAAGAACAGUUGGAACUAAAGAUGAUGGAAACAUACAAAGUUCCUUGCAAGGCAGUACAGUGUAAAAAGUGCAAGUACACAGCCUUUGGUCCUUCAGAGUUGUGUAAGUCUGACUCACACGCUCUCAGGGUUGUGAAUACAUUCAAGAGAUUCUUCAAAUGUCAGCAUUGCAGUAACAGAACCAUUACACUUGAUAUAUUCCCCCUUGAAGUGUGCAGAAAUUGUGGCAUGUCACGGUGGGAAAGAGCUCCAAUGUUAAAGGACACAAAACGAAACAUUCUUGUGGAAUCUCUAUCUUUGAGAGGUGAUGAAGAAAUGUUCCUGGGUUCAGUUGCACAGCAAGCUAAACUUAAUUUGAUAGUUCCAGAUUAAGUUAACAGAAAGUAGUACGUAAUAUAUUGUAAUAUUUCUUGGAGGUCUGAUGAGUUAUAUCUAAUCCUCUGGUUUAAAUUUUAGUCAUUGCUGAUACCUGAAUUAACUCGUGAAAGCUGUAUGCUGGAAUCAAGAAGUUUUGCCUCUUUCCUUGUGUUCAGAAUUUUAUAAUUCUGACAUCUGGGCUAGGUUCAUUUUAUAUCUCUGCUUCUUGUUUGAAUGUUAAAUGUUAAUUUUUUAUAAUAACAUUAUGAAGUUUAAUUGUUCCUCAAAAAGUAGAUAGCAGCUCAGUUUACUGAUGGUGGCACUCGGUGCGUAAGUAUUGUAUGAUAUUCAUAUGAACACAGUUGAAUAGACCUGGACAUCAUUAAUAGAUGUUGACGUGAGACUUUUAAUAUGGUUCUACUUGUCAGUGUUGUUGGAAUGGAUGCAAUUUUACCAGUCAAUUUAAAGACUGUUUUGAGGGAUUUUUAUAAUUAUAGCUGUUCAGAAUUAUGCAGGCGUUUAUAUUUUAUGUUUUUAAUGUUAUACCAUACGUAAGAAAUUUGAAACUUUUCAGUAUUACAAAACACAUCUUUAUCAUUGGCAACAGCUGGAAUGAACCUUGUGACACUGAGAGGGGCAUGGUGUAAGGAAUCAUCUAUUUUGCAUUGCAAAUACAACAGCCGGUACCCAUAUCCCACUAAAACCUUGCAUCUAGAAUUGCUCUUCUCAGAAAUACAAUUUCAGUGCGGUGAAUGUGACAUUCCAUUAAACUAUUUUGAAAACUGAACCUCUCAGUGCCAGUUUCCAUGUAAUGCAGUAUAAUUUUUUUAGCAUGUGAAAGUGUGAAAACAAGAUUGGAAAGUGUACUGGAGUGUACACACUGUCCACAUCUCGGCAUGUCCUUGCUUAAAAGCCAAGGAUGUGAUGUUUGGUGUUAGCUGUACCUCAUGACAUGCUGUUUGACAGCCAUAUUUAUUAGCACUAACCACCAUUUGGUCCUGACACAGCUUUGCUGUAAGGGUUGUUGGCCCUGAAGGGUGGUGAUAAUGUCUUGCAGUUGGAGACUCAGACUCUAACAGAUAUGAGCACCAGGAAUUAAUUAAAUAAUUAUCCUGGGGAGUAAAGCGCG